AUGAGCAAUCCUCAAUACUUUCUUCAAUUGUUAUCAUUAAUGGGGUAUGGUACUGAUAGCAGUUCAAGCUUGGGAAUGAACUCCCUAAUAAAUCCACUUAUUGCUUCUCCUUCCCCUUCAACAUCUGCGUAUAACACGACGCUUCAGAAUCAACAACUUCAAACACUACUUGCACUUAAUUCAUUUGGUGGUACAACUGAUACAAACAAUACUGCGAAUUCUUAUUUAACUGCAGCUUUAGCCUCUAUGUCUGGCAGUACAAGUUCAGCUUUUAAAAGCGGAAGUGGUCACGCCUCUAAGGCGGAAAUUGGUGGUCUUGAUAGCACAAUUUGGGGGAAAUCUGACUCUUUUAAGAAACUGGAGAACCGUGACCUAGUCGCUCGAACGAAAGAACCUUUACCAAUAAGACAACAGAAUAUAGCUAAACAAAAUAAUUCAAACGCAUCAACUACGCAGUCAUCAUCUGUAAAAUCUACAUCGGUUAUUAAUAAAUCAAUGAUUGGUCAGAGCGAAUACACCAAACUGAUGAGCAAUCCUCAAUAUCUACUUCAAUUAUUAUCAAUGAUGGGUUACAGUACCGAUAGCAGUUCAAGCUUAGGAAUGAACUCCUUGAUGAAUUCGCUUAUUGCUUCUCCUGCUUCAACCUCAUCGACAUAUGACACAUCGCUCCAAAAUCAACAACUUCAAACCCUGCUUGCACUGAGCUCACUUAAUGGCACAACUGAUCUUAAUAGUGCCGCGUAUUCUUAUUUAGCUGCAGCAGUAGCUUCGAUGUCUGGUAGUACUAGCUCAGCUCCUAAAAAUGGACAGAAGAAGCAGGACACACAGGAUAAAUGUCAACAAGGACAAUCAGGACAAAAGACAAAACAAAACCCAAGUUGAUGUACAAGAGAUAAUAAAUUAUUCAAACGCAAAAACACAUACUUAUCUCUUUAAAUUUAUCU